UUAGCUGGUACGACGACAACCACGACGAGGAACGAAGAAAAACGACCAGCAAAUUUAACAAAAUGAACGAUUGGAUAAAAAAACAAGUUGGUGGUGGUGUUGGUGGAGUGAAUGAUCAACUGGAUAAAUUUCAUACUUACUUACUGUCGCUGGAAAAUAAAAUUUAUGCUGUGAAAUAAAAGAAAAAUGUCUGAAGAAGUUGAAAAAAGAAUCGAAGAUGCCGAUGAAAGGAAAGUCGAGUUGACGAAGGAGCAGCAGAUGUUUUUGGCAGAAUGCGAAGAAGAGUUUAAAUUUUUGUAUACUGAUGAUGAUCCUGAGUAUGUUAAGAGCAAGAAACUCCGGGAUGUUGAACGAAGAGAACCGCCGAUUGUUGAUCCCUGGUAUUGCAAGCAGCCGAGAAAUUCACGCGGGAAUUACAGACAUAAAGAUUUCCGUGGGAUGAAGGAUCGGGAUCGUGGAGACAGGGUUGAUAAACAUGGAGGCAGACAUCACAUGUACCAGAGGAACUCACGUCCUUAUUAAAUUAUUUCAUUUUUUUUUUUAUAUAUUUGAAUUUUGUAAUGAAUUUCGCAACCGCCGCGUGUUGCUUUAAAUUGUAAAUGAUUAUUAUGAUAAUGACAGUAAAGUUGGCGGACAUCUGACAAUUUUUUUAAUUUUUAAAUGGGAAAAUAAAAUUUUUUUGAUAAAAAUAUUUAAAAAUGGGCUUUUAGAAAAUUUAAAAAUCACUACAUGCAUUUUUUUUAUUUUAUCAAUUUAAUUGUUUAAUUUUUUUAUAUGUAAUUCAAAAAUUGUCGUGUGUCUGCUGCAUUUAAAUUUUUAAAAACGACAAUUUUUCGUAAAAAAAUAUUUUAAAAAAUUGCACCUAUAGUUUUUUGAAUUUUCUACGUAUGCAAAUUUUUAUUUAUUUUUUUUUAAUUGACUUAUUGAAAAAAAAAAAUCAAAAAUUGCUCAUCGUCUGUAAACUUCAGGACCAUAUGAUAAUUUAAUUGUUUAAUUUUUUUAAAUGUAAUUCAAAAAUUGUCGUAUGUCUGCUACAUUUAAAUUUUUAAAAACGACAAAUUUUCAUAAAAAAAAUAUUUUAAAAAAUUGCACAUAUAAUUUUUUGAAUUUUUUAUAUCUGCAAAUUUUUAUUCAUUUUUUUUUUAAUUGACUUGUUGAAAAAAAAUCAAAAAUUGCUAAUCGUCUGUAAACUUCAGGAUCAUGUGAAAAUUUUGUAAUUUUUUGAAUUCGCGCACUUAUAUAUUGAUAAUUGUAAUUAAAAAAAAAUAUAUCAGGAAUAACAAUAAAAUAAAACAGUAUUUUUUUGUUAAAAAUAAUUAUUGUAAUAUCAUUUUAUAAGCAGCUCAUACAUAGCAAAUAUUUACAAACAAAACAUAAGAAUGUACAAAAGAAAUAAUGUAAAAUUUAUUAACCAUUAUAAUUAUUAAUCAACUAAUUAAUUAUUAAUAUUAAUGUGAUGCGAUAUAAAUCUCGUUAUUUUAUUUCUAAUAAUCAGAAUAUACGAGAUUAGUUUUUGUUCA